AUGAUAGAUAAUUGUUUAUCUUCUUGUUAAAUAACAUAUAAUGGACUUACUAUAUUAGAUUAUGCCAAGAGUGCUAUAGAAUAUUUUGUAAAAAAGAGAACAAAGAAUCCAGAAUAUAAAUAUGAUCAAUACCAUCUUUUUUCGUCUAAGUAAUUUUUUGUUCUUUACAUAUUGUGUAUAGUUCUUCAAUCUCAACUUGGAUACAUGAUGUUGGUCAUUUUUUACAAAGAGUCAAAACAGUGUAACCAUAAUUUGAGACAAUUUUAAAUUUAGAGGAGUGUUUCCACAAUUUAAACAAAUUUAGAACAUUAAAUGGUUAUUUAUAUAUAUAAUUAAAUUACAGGAACAGAUAAUCUAUAUGGUGGAAGAGAUGUCUAAAAGAUAGAAUCAGGAAUAGUAUUUGUAUUUACGAAUCGAGAAUAUCAAGGUCUAGAUUUAUAGAAGUUAAUUAGAUGGGAUUAUAGACUACUGAUUUUUUUAAUUUAACCACCAGGAGUUGAAGAAACUACACCAAUAUAAAUAUAAACUAAUUGGCAUAAUAUAGCAUCAUCUAUAGGUUAAGGAAUAUGCUUUGAAAUUUAAGAUUAUAACAUUCUCUUUUCAAUUUUAGAUGAUCCUAAAUUAAUUACUCCAUAAAUCUCUCUUUAAUUAACAAUGUUAGAUUAAAUCAUUAGAUAUGAUGAUAUAUAACCAUUAAUUGAAAAAACAAAGUAAGAAGUACAUCCAUAAUCAAAUUCUUGGUUGGUGAGAUCAACUUAAAAAAUUAAUUAAUAAUUUGCUUAAGCUAGAUUAAGAUGUACUCCUCAUGUGAAUAUAUUUACAAAAGUCUAUUUACCUGAAUAAUUUCCUUUAUUCGAUUUCAAUGUAAUAAAAAACAAAAUAAAUAGAAUUAUCCAUCUGUUCCUGAAUAUUUUGUAGAUUUCAAUGUUACUUUUCAAGCCAAAUUACCGUAAGAUAUGCCUAUGUAAGAAAUUGUUAUAGAGAAUCCUUCAUUAUUAAAAUAUGUUUAGAAUAUAUCUACAUCAAAGAGUAAAUUAUUACAAUUUCCAAUAUUCUAUUAAGAACAAAGGGAUGAAUAAACAAAUAAAUAUUUAAUUGGUUUAUUUCUCUAUUCUCAAAAUCAAAACAAUAUGGAAUUAAGAUUGUAAAAAAUAUAUAUAAAUAAAUUCUUAGUUAUUUUCCUAAUUUCUACAUAUAUUAUGAUCUUUUGAAUCAAUUAAUCAAUUCUAGAGAUGAUGCACGUAAAUUAGUAGAAUAAAAGUUCUUAUAAUACUUAUAAACAAUUCCCAAUUAUUAUGCUCCUUGUAUUAAAAAGAAUCUAUCUGAAAAGAAUAUUUAAGUAUAAAUACUUUUUAUUAUUAUAGAUUUAAAGAUCUUUACAAUUUCUAAUAGAAGAGACAACUCAUUAAUUAUACAUGUAGAAAGUUAAAGCUUAUUAGGCUAAAGUCUAAAAAAUUAAAAAAAUGAUUGAUGAAGAAAAUUAUAAAAAUAGAUAAUCUCAUAUCUCUAAAAAGAGUUAAUGUUGUGCUGCAUUUAGUGAAAAUUAUUAAGCAAGAUUUUAUGAAUAAAUUAAUUGUGAAUUUAGAUAAGUUACACAUAUUGAUAAGGAUGUAAACUUUAAUAAAUUUUUACCUAAAUUUGAAAUUCAAUCAUGUCUACCCUAAAUGCCAAUAUUACAAUAAACAUUAAGAAAUGUGCAUUUGGAUUUAGAUGAAAUAGAAAUAAGAUUAGAACCAUAAUUUUGUGGGAAUCCUUGGAAAUUAUAAAGAAAAACAUAUAAAGAUGGUAUUGAAAUAAAGGUAUUUAUAUUUAUAUUAAUAUUUAUUUAGAAUGAAUAAGAUGAAUAUUAAUUAGAAGAUAUGAUAUUAUCAAGAGUUGAUUAAGAAAAUUAAUCAUAAGUUAAAAAUAGAAGAAAAGGAUUCAUGAGAUUAAAGGAUAUCUAAGAAGGAAAUCACAAAAAAACAACUGUUGAGUAAACUUAAAUGGAAAUUGAAGAUAUUCAAACUGAAUCUUAAUAGUAGUAGUCUAAUAAUAAUAAAUAUGGAUAUAUAAAAUAUAAUCCUUAUUUUUAGGUAAUUUAGUAUGCAUUAAGUAGGCAAAACUAAAAUUGAAUAUAUAAAGCAAAUUGAACAAUUCAUAUUCCACUAUCAAUUGA